AUGUUAUGGAUGAAAUCAAGUGAUUGGUCAAAUCCAGUAUUUACAGCUACAUUAUUACCACAACAUGUCGUUCAAAGUCAUUUUGAAGUAGAAAAUAUGUCUCCAACUAUUCAAAAAGUGAAGUGGAGUAAAUUUACUGUGCCUAAUGAAUGUAUGGCACUUAUUCAAUUAUUACAAAUGAAUGAAAAAACCUUCAUUGAGUUAAUUACCAGUGUGGCAAUAAAUGAAACAGAAUAUACAUUCUAUAAUUUGGCACCAUCAACUCAAUAUACGUAUCAUCUGAAAGUGAUUUCACCAUUUGAUAAUUAUUUAGGGCAGCAUAUUUCAAUAACUACAAAAACUUUACCUUUGAUUCAUCUUUUAAACACAAGUAUUCAUACACCAAAACUUAUUCAGAUCUCUAAUAUUAAAUCCACUUCGUUCGUGAUCAUUUGGUCAGUUGUGAAAACUAAUGGAAGUCAAUUCAAAACUUCUACUUAUGAAAUCUUGCUUAAUAGUCAAAGACAAUCAUUGUUAUUAAUAAAAAAUAUUUCGAGUGAAUUAUUUAGACAAAAAAUUGAGAAUUUAACUGCUUGCACAAUUUAUACAAUUCAAAUGAGAUUAGUAGUAAAAUUAUCUGAAACAGUAUAUAGUGAAUGGUCAAAGCCACUAACUACGUUUACUUCAAUCUCGAGUAGGUUCAUAUUGUGA